AUGUUUAAAAAAGUUUUUACAGACGUUAAAGAAUUUAAAGAAGAACAAAAACCAACAGAUUUGGUUUCAUUCAAAAUUGUUUACAACAAACAAACCUACUCAGUAACUUUACCUUUAGACGACACUGUUGAAUCACUAAAAUUACACAUAGAAAAGCUCACAGAAGUCCCUAUUCAAAUGCAAAAACUGAUGUUUAAAGGUCGAAUGAAGGAGGAAGGAACAUUGAGAGAUAACAAAUUAACCACCGGGUCAAAAAUAAUGGUGGUAGGUAGUACAAUGAACGACGUCAUUGCCGUUAGUCAGGCAUCUUCCUCUGUUGUUAAAGAAAGCAAUUCAGUUGCUGGAACAUCUAACAAAGAACCGUUGUCCAAACAAAAGCCACAUAAGACGGUUUUAGAGAAGUAUGGAAUGCCUGAUGAUGUGAUGCCAGGCAUCAAAAAUUGUCAGGAACCUCUGCCACGCAUUCCAUUAUCAGGAAUGUACAAUAAAUCAGGUGGGAGAGUUAGAUUAACAUUCAAACUUGAAGCUGAUCAGGUAUGGAUUGGAACAAAAGAAAGAACGGAAAAAUUGAGUUUGGGUUCGAUAAAAGCAGUUGUGAGUGAGCCAAUUGAUGGACAUGAACAAUAUCAUCUGAUGGCCUUGCAGCUAGGACCUACGGAAGCCUCUAGAUAUUGGAUAUAUUGGGUACCUAGCCAAUACAUAAACGCCAUCAAGGAUGCCAUUCUAGGCAAUUGGCAGUUUUUUUAA